GAGAAGUUCUCUGCAAUCUGAUUAAAAUGAUAACUUCAAUCGAUUUGUUUGAGAAUAAAAUUUGGCCGGAAAGUUGAAGCAAAUUCAAAUUCAGGUAUUGUUUGCCUCAGAAUACCUAUUCAAGUUAUUAUGAGUUUACACUCCUUAACUGAGUAUUUAGAAGACAUCAAAAUGUCAAGACGAAGGGGAAAAGAAUACGAGAAUAUUGAUUACACAAAACUGCAACCAAUCGAUAAAGGAAGUUUUGUCGAUGCCCAAUUUGUGGCUCCUGCUCAAAAAGUGCCUUGGAAAGCUAUCACUCUAGCAACUUUACUUCUUGUUGUCGGAUCGUUUUUAUUGAUUUUUGGUAUUUUGGUGGUAAGUGGCCACAUUUCGCUUGAAUAUUCUGAUAGAAUGUGGCCUAUGAUUAUCCUUGGAUUAUUAAUGUUUAUUCCUGGAGCUUACCAUGUCAGAAUUGCCUAUUAUGCUUAUAAAGAAGUACCUGGGUAUUCCUUUGAUGAUAUACCCGAAUUUGACUAGUUACCAAAUAUUAGAAGCAUCCUGCUAUUUAAAUUUUUCCAAACUAUGCUUUAAGCACUAGUAUCAAUCAAGUAAUUCAAUUCAAUUACUUAUUGCCUGAAUUAAGUUCAAUAUGAAGUAACCUUGAAUAAUUAUUUUGUUAGAUUUCAGAAUAAUUCUUUUUUUGCAAUUCAUUAUAUCGCUACCAUUCGUGCCUUUACUACUGCUAAAUUACAACUAAUCAAAUGAUCAAAUGGUUGAAAUUCAUUUGUUGUUCUUCAAUCAUAAUAAUAGGUGUGGUAGAAUGAUCCCCCAUUUUUUAAUUCUUGGGUUACAGGUUCUAAAAUGUGAUAGUUAUAAUUUUUAUAAUACAUAUAUACUUGAAAUAUUACUAAGAACAAUCUUCAUUCUGUUGAAUAGAUGUUGAAACCUAUAUUGAUGGAUAUGGAUUAAGAUAUACCAAAGUUCCUGAUGUUGUUAGAGCAAAGCUUCAAUUAUUUUUUUUGUAAUUAAAUAUUUACAAAUCUGAAUAUAUUUAUUAGUAUUUA